UACUGCCCUGAAGCGUUCGUGUUUUUGGCCAAGAGAGGGAGGACGUAAAUUCCUUAAAUCUCAGCAGGUCAGAGGGUCUGUGUUCACAGACAUCUCGAGGCAAGAAAAAGAGGAGGAAACUAUCCCGAAUCGUCACAGCAGGAAACAACAACAUCAUGCAAAAACCCUGCAAAGAAAAUGAAGGAAAGCCCAAGUGCAGCGUGCCAAAGAGAGAGGAAGAACACCCCUAUGGAGAAUUUGAACGCCAACAAACAGAAGGGAAUUUUAGGCAAAGGCUGCUUCAGUCUCUCGAGGAAUUUAAAGAGGACAUAGACUAUACGCAUUUUAAGGAUGCAGAAAUGACAAGAGAGGGAGAUGAGAUGGAAAGGUGUUUGGAAGAGAUAAGGGGUCUGAGAAAGAAAUUUAGGGCUCUGCAUUCUAACCAUAGGCAUUCUCGAGAUCGUCCUUAUCCCAUUUAAUGCAUUUCUCCCGAAUUCAACUAUUUUCUUUUAUUAAUAUUGCUACCAUUGGUUUCUUUUCGUUUGCAUUUUCUUGCUAAAUAUUUGCUACCAUUUUACUCCAAUCCUUCAAUUUUCAUUUGAUCUACAUAUGAUUCUUGUUACCAACAUCUCAUCUUUUGACUCAGUCUCACUCAUUUAAUAGGGAUGUUUCAUUCAUUUGCAUGGGAAGAUGCUCAUUGUAUAUUGUAAAGUGAAAACAAUGCGUUGCAAAACAGUAUAUAUAUACACACACACACAUAAACCUUAUAUAUACAUUUAUAUAUGACAUAAUGUAAAAGAAAAUGAAUUAUUAUACACCCAAGGGUUAACAGUGAAUCUCUGUGUGAUCUGUAUUUUAUUCCUUUAUUUAUUGGCCUAUUUGCAUCUUCUCGUUUUUCAAAAAAUGAAUAUAUAUGUGUGUAUGUGUAUGUAUUACUUGUGUCACAAAGAAACUAAAAUAAACAGGCACAAUAAAAGAAUUUGUCAAUCACCUUUGAAGGGCAGUGAAACACUUAAUAAACUCUUAAUAAUGAAACCAUAAAAAAGAAAUGUAAACCUUAAAUUACCUCUGGGUCCCUUAGCCAGAGGAAUAAAACGGCAAUUAUUACAGAUACACUUGC